AUGGCGCUGUUUAGUGUGUUCGCCUUGUUGAGCAUAGCAGUCUCAUGGUGUUCUGCAGCUUUCGACCCAACUUCGAAGAACAAUGUUGUUGUCUACUACGGGCAAGGUCCGAAUCAGGGCGACCUGAUCAGCCAAUGCCAGCAGCCCGAGAUCGAUAUAAUUGUCCUCUCGUUCGUGCACCUAUUCCCAGCCCAGGCGAACGGAUACCCUGGAACAAAUUUUGGUAAUCGAUGCGGCGGCCAAGUUUACCCGGGCCCUGGCUUCAACGGUGUCCUCGACCCUUCGAAGGAUCAGUUGCAGUCAAACUGCCCUAGUCUUAAUGCACAGAUUCCAGUAUGCCAGCAGCAGUAUGGCAAGAAGAUCCUGCUGUCGCUCGGAGGCGGCGUAGUAUCAUACCAGCUCACAGGCAGAAACGAGGGUGAACUCCUGGCAACUUACUUGUGGUACAUGUUCGGACCGAAAGACCCCAACUGGACAGGACCUCGCCCAUUCGAUUACAACGGACAAGCGGUUGAGGUUGAUGGGUUCGAUAUGGAUAUAGAGCAUCCAUCCACAGACAACUCGGAAGGCUACAUUGCCCUGGUGACCCUUCUGCGUACAUUUUACGCAACAGCCUCGAAGCAAUACUAUCUGACUGGCGCUCCUCAAUGCGUCGUUCCAGAUGCCAAUAUGGCUGCUAUGAUCUCCGCCGCCAAGUUCGACAUGAUCUUUGUCCAGUUUUACAACACUCCUAGUUGCUCAGCUGCGACUUGGGCGGCUAGCAAUCCGUCCUACACCCCUGGUUCAACAUAUCAGCAAGCCGGGUUCACGUUCGAUGCCUGGGUUCAAUGGCUAUCAAACACCCCCAGUAGAGACGCAAAGGUGUUCAUCACCCUACCUGGUUCUUCAGAUGCUGCCAAUGCUGGGAACUACAUCACCCAUCAGCAGGCAAAUAAUCUCAUCAGCGCGUACUACUGCCGGCCAUCGUUCGGAGGUGUGGCUGUUUGGGAGGCAACUCGCGGUGACAGCAACCCUUACAACGGCAAAUCUUUCCAGGCCACCAUGAAGACUUGGCUGCAGGGGGCCGCAGCAGACACGCGACUCGCAAGCUGCCAAGUAGCAUCUUCUAACCAACCUUCAACACCGACAUCACCGACACAGCCCAACCCCGGCGCGCCUGGUUCUUGCGGUUCCGGUAUUGGAUCUUGCGGUAGCGGAUACUGCUGCAGUGCAUAUGGAUACUGCGGGACGGAAAGUGCUUACUGCGGAACGGGUUGCCAGCCGGGCUUCGGUACAUGCAGUGCGGGAGGCAGCUCAGGAGGCAGCUCAGGCAGCGGCGGGGGUUCGGGGCUGCCGGUCGCAAGAGACGGAGUGUGCGGCGCAGGAAUAGCUACUUGCCGAGGCAACGGUGACUACCAAUGCUGUAGCAAAAAUGGAUGGUGUGGUAAUUCGGAUCUCUACUGCGGUGCUGGAUGCCAACCCGGAUAUGGCAUUUGCAGUUGA